AUGGCCACCUCGCUCUCGACGAGUUCUCCCAUUCCCUCUCGCGUUUCGACUCCGCUCUCUCACGACAAUCCCGCUGCCGAGCCUCCUCUCCUCGCUAAAGCCCUGCGAGAACAACACAAGAUCCCGCCAGCGGUGCACCAGCUCUCGAUACCGGUCAAGGACAGCUAUGGGGGGCAAGUUAGCGGGUUCCUCCAUCUUCCCUCGAACAACGAGGCUUCCGAGGGAUCGGGCCAUGCCUCGACUGCGGCGAUACUGCUCUCUGGUGCGGGAGGCGGUAUUAGCGGACCAGCGUCGAUGUACCUCGCACUCGGCAACAAGCUUCCUGCUCUCCACGCGCGCAUCCCCGUUCUCCGCCUCGACUAUCGCUACCCGGCUCGGACCGCACCGUGCGUUGCCGACACCGUUGCCGCAAUCGACUUUCUUGAGGAGCACUACGCCAUCGAGCGCGUCGUCCUCGCCGGCUGGAGUUUCGGCGGCGCACCCGUCUUUACUGUCGCAGGGCGCGACGAGCGGGUUGCAGGAGCUGUCCUGAUUGCGCCUCAGACGGCAGACGCGAUGCAAGGAGCGCGAGAGUGCGGGCAGCGGAAGGUUCCUGUCCUGCUCAUGCACGGAACGGGCGACCGGACGCUUUCGCCUCAGUGCAGCGAGAACCUGUACGCGGCUUGGUGGAGCAAGGCGCCCGCUGAUACGGAUGACGACGCCUGCCAGCUCGUCUUGUUCGACAACGACGACCAUGCGCUGAGCAGGAACGCGAGGGUCGCGGAGGAGGAGGCUGCGCGAUUCGUCGUCUCGUGCGCGGGGGAAAGGGUCGAGGAUGGUGAGGCGGCGUUCGUGGCUGGGGAAGUCUUCUCGGGGAAGGACCGCGUCGACUUGAUGAGGGCGGGCAAGGAUUUGAGGGGAAAGGAGAGCGUCGAGUAG